AUGCUCCGCGCUCUGGGCCGCGCGGGGCCGCGGCUCCCUCUGGCCGUGCGGGUGCAGCCUGCGCGCGGGCGCAAGUCCCGGCACGACCCUCCGGCCAAGUCCAAGGCGGGGCGCACGGCCACCCCGCCCGCCGUGGACCCCGCGGAGCUGUGGGUGCUGUCGGAGCGCUACGCGCGGUACCGGCAGACGGUGGGCGCGCUGCGGCGGGAGUUCGCGCGCGAGGUGCGGGAGCGGCUGCUGGAGGCGCGGGUCGGGAGCCAGGCGGCGCGCAAGGCCCAGCAGGACGCUGCGGAGCACCGCGAGCUGCUGGCCUGGAACCAGGCGGAGAACCGGCGGCUGCACGAGCUGCGCGUGGCCCGGCGGCUGCGGGAGGCGCAGGACGAAGAGCGGCGGCGGGCCGAGCUGGAGGCCCGCCGGGCGGAGGAGGCGCGGGCCUGGGCGCGGCUCAAGGAAGAGGAGGUGCUGCGGCUGCAGGAGGAGGCGAAGAACUUCAUCACCUUUGAGAACCUGGACGCAAAGGUGCAAGAAGCAUUGGACUCUCCAAAGAGCUACAACUGGGCCAUCACCAGGGAAGGGCAGGUGGUCCAGCCCCAGCACAAGGGCUCCUAGGAGCCCCACCGCACCUCAGCUUGCCCAGGACCAGAUGGUGUGAGGUGGGCAAGUUGAAUCUGGCUUGGAGUAAAGUUGAUGUUUUU